AUGGCGGAUUACAAGACCUACCUAGCUUCCAGCAUAUUGACUGAGGACAAGAUUGUUAGCUAUCGACUCCUCAGUCGAGCCCUCAAGGUCAAUGUGAAUGCUGCGAAGGAGAUGCUCUAUGAAUUCCAUCGCCAGCAGAAUGGAAAGAAGCCAGGCACAAUCCACGCCACCUAUCUAAUCAGCGGGACCAAACAAAAAGAACCCGAAGUCGCAAACGAUGCCGUAGAACAGGAUGGAGAGGAUACGCAUAUGCAGAGCAGCCCGCCGUUCAUGAGCAGCUCGAUGCCUCAACCACAAGAGACUAGUGAUGACAGCGGAGUACUGAGUAUUACAUUGGUGAGAGAAGAGAAUCUCGACGAAGUGCGGUCACAAUAUGAACACAUCACAUCAAUACAUGUCUAUAGCAUUGGGCCACACCCAUUGAAGGAUCUCCAAAUUCUGUCAGACAUUACUCGACAAGUCCGAGAAAUUUGUGCAGACGAAGAUCCCCUCGAGACUGCCUCUACAUAUGGUACAAUCAUAAACAAGAAUGCCAAGCGCCGAGAAGGAAAACGGCCACCGCCAGCUCCUGCUCCCGUAGCCCCAGUACCUGCGAAAGCUCAGCCCGCGAAGCCCAAACCAGCAGAGUCCAAGCCAGAGCCACCUCCCAAGAAAGAGAUAUCUUCUACGGCGAAGGACUUCUUCGGAAAAUCCAAUUCGAAACCCAAAGCAAACCCCGCCAGCAACCCUUCCAGCAAAGAAACUACUCCUAAUCCACCAACUCUGAAGCGUGACUCGUCCAGCAUAUUCAAGUCCUUUGCAAAAGCUAAACCUAAGCUCAAGCGCGAAGGGACGGACAGUUCGGUUGCGGACUCUCCUGCUUUGUCGCCCGCAGAAGACUCGCCUAUGAAAGGUCUAUCAGAUGAUGACGAGGAAGAAACAUAUGUCUCACCUGCGCCCGCGGAUAUGGAGAUCGUGAAUAAGAGUCGCAAGGAGAGAAAGGAGAACGAAGAAAAGUUGAGACAAAUGAUGGAGAUGGAUGAUGAGGAUGAAGAAGAGGAGAUAAAAGAAAUCGAGGAGCCAGAGGCUGUGGAGAAAGAAGCUAGUGUUGAGAAAGAGGUACCACCGACUGUAAGUGGAGGUAGAAGAAGAGGCAGGAGGAGAGUGAUGAAGAAGAAGACUGUUAAGGACGAAGAGGGAUACCUUGUGACGAAGGAAGAACCUGUCUGGGAAUCAUUCUCGGAAGACGAGCCAGCUCCAAUGCAAAAGCCCAAAGCACAUGCUCCGGUAGCAUCUACGAAGGGCAAGAAGGCAGCUGGAAAGGCAGGGCAGGGCAGUAUCAUGUCUUUCUUCGGUAAGAAGUAG